GACUUGGCCAUUCGCCAUGAGACCGCACAUUAACUAUUGAUUGCACCGCACGAUAAUAUACCAGCAACUUGUUUUGCCUGUGUUGGUUUUCAAUCUUUUCCUGCCCAAACUCUCGUCGACAUGUUCAUCACUCGUUGGUUUCUCAUCUCCCUCCGCCUCGUCUUUCCUCUCCACCUCCGCCCGCACCGCACGCCUUGCAUCUCCAUGCAUGGGCGCCGACGACGUGCCUAGCUCCGGCCAACUCGCGCGAUCCAGUCCCUGCAGGUGGGAUGGAGAUGGAACCAUGACUGUGAGCAAGGCCAUUGCCGCCGACGAGUGGAGCAGCGGAGGACGGUGCAUCGGAGCGCGGAUCCGCGGGGUCAACGUGGGGAUCCUGGACGAGCAGGUGCUCACGCUCGUGUUCCGCUCCAUCAGCUGGGACCCGCGGGCGCUGUGCGCGCUGGCGCGGGCCUGCCGCCGCCUGCGCGCCGUGGCGGACCGCGUGCUGUGGCGGGAGCUCUGCGUCGCGCGGGCGCCACGGAUGGUGGCGGAGCUCUCCACGGGGCCAUCGUCGGGCCGCGUGCCCGGCGGCUGGCCGGCGCUCGCCAAGCUGCUCCUCUUCUGCUGCGGCGCCGCGGGGGCGGGCGUCCCGGGCCACCUCGCCGCCUUCUCGCGCUUCUCCAAGACGUCGGGCCGGAGCUUUCUGUCACGGCGGUGCGCCGGGGACCUGCUGUACGCGUCGGACCCGUGCGAGCACGCGAUGGCCGCCGCCGCCGCCGACGACGAUGACGACGACGACGUGGGCGCGUACCGUGGCGUGUUCGGCGGCUUCAUGCGCUCCCGCACUCGCGCCUGCCUGGUGGGCGGACACGCCCCGCUGGAGCCCCGCGUGCGCUGCCCCUGCUGCGGCGCCGGCGUCUGGAGCUUGACAGACGCGGGGCUCGUGCAGCGCAGCGCAUGCCGCCGUCUCGGCGCACGCGACGGCCGCCUCGUCUACUUUGUCUGCGUCAGCGGACACCUCCACGGCAGCUGCUGGCUCGCGCGCCUCUCCUCCAGCGACGGCGGUGGCGGCGACGACUCACACAACGACCGGCACUUGGACCUAAAGUGAAGAGCUUGUGUUGGAAUCUCGUUUUUCCUUGUACAUGCAUAUGUUCUAGCAUAUAUACCUUUUUUUUAGAGGAUUUGGGGCAUGCGGAUCCUGUGCCGUUGAUCUGCGUCAAGAUUCGUGUAUUCGAUGAUGUAUACAUAUAGUUUGUUUUUUUUCCUUUUCUGUGUAAUGCAUUCAUAUAUCAUGCCAAUAUACCUGUUAGUGUAUGGUUGGAUACCUCUUCUUUGGGGCGCGGGUUGGGCAGUGGCCGGGGUGGCCGCUGCUCCGGCCGUGGAUGGCUCCACGGUGGCUUGGCAAGUCGCUUCGGCGACGGCUGGCACGUCCU